GAAGUUACAGCAAGUAGUCGCCAUUAUGUUGACAGAUUAUUUGAUCCUGAUCCUCACAAAGUACUUCAGGGUGUCAUAGAUAUGAAAAAUGCUGUAAUUGGAAACAACAAACAAAAAGCCAACUUGAUUGUUUUGGGAGCAGUUCCAAGGUUGCUCUACUUGCUUCAGCAAGAAAACUCCAGCACUGAGCUGAAAACGGAAUGUGCAGUGGUUCUAGGAAGCCUUGCAAUGGGUACAGAAAACAAUGUUAAAUCUCUAUUGGACUGCCAUAUCAUACCAGUCUUGUUGCAAGGGUUGCUGUCACCAGAUCUUAAAUUCAUUGAAGCUUGCCUCAGGUGUCUUCGUACUAUUUUCACCAGCCCUGUCACUCCUGAAGAAUUAUUGUAUUCAGAUGCUACAGUUAUUCCCCACCUCAUGGCGCUGCUUAGUAGGUCUCGAUAUACUCAAGAAUAUAUAUGUCAGAUCUUCUCACAUUGCUGUAAGGGUCCAGACCAUCAGACAGUGCUGUUUAAUCAUGGAGCAGUGCAGAAUAUUGCUCAUCUGUUAACCUCUGUAUCUUAUAAAGUUCGAAUGCAAGCACUGAAAUGUUUUGCAGUUCUAGCCUUUGAAAACCCCCAGAUAUCAAUGACUCUUGUAAAUGUGUUGGUUGAUGGAGAACUAUUACCACAGAUAUUUGUGAAAAUGUUACAAAGAGACAAGCCCAUUGAAAUGCAACUCACAUCAGCCAAAUGCCUUACAUACAUGUGCAGAGCUGGAGCAAUCCGUACAGAUGAUAUCUGCAUUGUGUUAAAGACAUUACCAUGUUUGGCACGGAUGUGUAGUAAAGAGAGACUACUAGAGGAGAGAGUAGAUGGAGCAGAAACUCUGGCCUAUUUGAUUGAAACAGAUAUUGAACUACAAAGAAUUGCCAGUAUUACUGACCACCUUAUUGCAAUGCUUGCAGACUACUUCAAAUACCCUAGUUCAGUGAGUGCCAUCACUGAUAUAAAAAGGCUUGACCAUGACUUAAAACAUGCUCAUGAAUUGCGUCAGGCUGCUUUCAAGCUCUAUGCUGCCCUCGGAGCAAAUGAUGAAGAUAUUCGAAAGAAGAUAAUUGAAACUGAAAAUAUGAUGGAUCGGAUUGUAAAUGGCUUAUCUGAGUCUAGCAUCAAAGUGCGCUUAGCUGCAGUCAGAUGUUUGCACAGUUUGUCAAGAUCUGUACAGCAACUACGAACAAGUUUCCAAGAUCAUGCUGUAUGGAAACCCUUAAUGAAGCAUAUAGAUCAGAUAAUAAGUACUCAUGGGAAACAGAUCAUGCAAGCAGUAACUCUCAUCCUGGAAGGAGAACACAACGUGGAAGUCAAAGAACAGACAUUAUGUAUACUUGCCAACAUAGCAGAUGGAACUACAGCUAAAGAAUUCAUCAUGACAAAUGAUGAUAUCUUACAAAAAAUUAAGUAUUACAUGAGCCACUCGAAUGCUAAACUUCAACUGGCUGCCAUGUUUUGUGUAUCUAAUCUUAUAUGGAAUGAAGAAGAAGGUUCCCAAGAUCGUCAGGAUAAACUCAGAGAUAUUGGAAUAGUAGAUAUUCUACAUAAACUGUGUCAGUCGUCAGAUCCAAAUCUUUGUGAAAAGGCGAAAACAGCACUCCAGCAGUAUCUUGAGUGAUGAAAGAGAAGUUGAACUUUCAUAUAAUUUUCAGAGCUAUAUACUAAGGAAUAACGGGAAAUAGCUGCACCUAAUUUCCUUACCUUUUGCACAAGGCACCUUGGGCUGCAUUUGUCUCAGGUGCAGGGAGCUGCUUAGCAGGAGCAGUUUAAGUGAUCAGGUCUCCAAUGCACUUGAGGACUUUAUUGAGGUGGUUCCUCUAUUCAGAUAUCUAUUCUGGGAUAUUUUUGUCUGAACUACCUGAACUCUACUAGAACAAUCAGUAGUCUUUUUUUCUUUGGGCCUACAAUAUUCUGCUUAUACCACAGCUGAUGUAAGGCUGUGUCUGGGUGGGUGUGAUACCUCAGAGCUUUUUCUUUUUCUCCCCCCUCCUCCCCCCGUGUGUGUAUGUAUGUGUGAUUUUUUUCUACAGAUUUUCAAGAGUGAACCAUUGUUUGCUGUAUGAAAACUUAAAAAAAUUAUAUACAAUUUGAAUUGAAAU